GUAAAACAUCUCCCUUCUCUGGCUGCCGCACGUUUGGUUUUUGCGCCGCCUACUUUCUGAUUUUGAUUUCGUCUGAAAACGAAAGUCCCCGAUCCUGAUAUGACCAGCCAACUGGAGGACAUCAAGCUGGAGGCUCUGUCCAUCAGCGAGGGCAUCCGCGACUCUCCCGUCUGCAUCAUAGUCCUGGGAAUGGCCGGCAGCGGCAAGACCACCUUCACCCGCAGUCUCAUCCAGCACGCCCAGGAGAAAUUCAAUCCGUACGUGGUGAAUCUGGAUCCCGCCUGCCGGGAGGUGCCUUAUGCGGCGCACGUCGACAUCCGGGACACGGUCAACUACCGCGAGGUGAUGAAGCAAUACCAAUUGGGGCCGAAUGGAGGCAUUGUGACUGCCCUGAACAUGUUCACCACGAAAAUGGCCCAGUUUGCGGAGCUAGUGCGUCGGGCUGGGGAGCGAGGCCAUAAAUGGUGCAUCAUCGACACACCCGGCCAGAUCGAGGUCUUCACCUGGUCCGCCUCGGGCAACAUAAUCACCGAGGGCCUGGCCACCCUAUUCCCCACCAUUGUGGUCUAUGUUAUGGAUGUCGUCCGCAGCGCCUGUCCCACCACAUUCAUGUCCAACAUGCUGUACGCCUGCUCCAUCCUGUACAAGACCCGCCUGCCCUUUCUGGUUGCCCUGAAUAAGAUUGACUUGCAGGACUGCAGCUUCAUCAAGGACUGGAUGACGGACUUUGAGGUCUACCAGGAGGCUCUCGAGGAGGAGCAGAGCUUCGUGAGCAAUCUGACACGCACCAUGUCCCUCACCCUGGACACCUUUUACGAGAACCUGACCACCUGUGGCGUGUCGGCCAAGACAGGCGUUGGAUUCGCUGAGCUGCUGCAAAAGGUGCUGGAGUGCGUGUCGGAGUACGAGAAGAACUACAAGCCGGUCUACGAGAAGAUGAGGAAGGAGCGGUUGGCCCAACAAGCUGCGCCCCAACCGGCUGCCAAUGUGGAGGAGUCCGGAGUGUCAGUGCCCCUGGGCCUGGGUCUACAAGAUCCUCCUGCCAACACUGGAAGUGGUAUAUUUCUGAUGGCUCCUGGCUUGGUGCCGAUAGCAGCCGAAGACAAUGAGACGGAGGAGAUGGAACUGGACCCAAAGGAGCCGAUGGAGGAUCAGAACUUCCAGAGCUUCGUCCAGAGCCACCUAGACGCACAGAAAACCAAGAGGGAUAGGCUGGCGCAGCAGGAUCGGGACAAUUCUUAGCAAGGAUCAUGGAUCCUCAUUAGGAUUUAGAUGAAAACGAGUGAUAAUAAGAAUUAAAGUAAUAUUUUAAAGAUAAAGAGUACUAAAGAAUGA